AUGGGCCUUGCAUGCCACCUGGAAGCUGCCCAGGAAGAAGGAGGCCCCCGCGGCCUGGGCGCACGCCACGUGGAACGAGCUGUGGCAGGAGGCCAGGCGGCAUCCCAGGGACGCCCCGCGCUUGCCGCAGUGGGCACAUCGCAGGGCUCGCCCGCGCCGCACCUCUCCAGCCACCCCCCUCAAUCCUCCCUCGGGUGUCUCGCACACCUGGUGGUGACAUUGCGACAGGGAGAUCUGACACUGUGCUUUGUGGUGUGCGUGCAUCACGUUCUUGGUCCAAAAUGGGCGCGGCCCCGGCAGAGCGGUACUGUUACCUCCCCCCCUCCUUCGCUGCCCACCUGCGGAGACCAGAUCGCACACACCCUAUGCACAUAA